GAUGGUCUAUAUAAGUUGGUUACAUCCCCGAUGUGAAUUCAAAAGUUAUCAAGAUGUGAUAAUAAUUUCAGUCAACACAAACAAAGUCAACCAUUGAAUACUUAACAAAAUGAAUAUGGGAGGAAUGAAUGCAAAUCCUGCUCAACCAGCUUGUAAAAUUUCCAUGUUAUGGAAUUGGUAUACCAUCGAUUCAUGUUUCAUUGCCAGAUCAUGGCAUGUUAGAACCACAGGUAUGUUUGCCGGUUCAUGUAUUGGAGUCUUUUUAAUGGUGGUUGCUGCUCAAUGGCUUGCCAGAUUUGGUCGUGAAUUAGAUAUUGCCUUUGCUAAACAAAAUGCUAAAAAUAGAGCUCUAAUGGGGGCAAAUUCUUCAGAAUCUUCUGAUGAUGAAUUAAAAGGUCAACCUAAAAUCCAACAAGAUGGUCUGAAUGCCAAUCCUUUGUUAUUUGCCAUUUCUCAUGGUUGGUUAUUCACUAAACAAUCAGGUGAUAUUUGUUCUACUCCAAUGCAACAUUUAAUCAGAUGUCUUAUGUUCACAGCUCAAUGGGGUUUAUCUUAUCUUAUCAUGUUGUUAUUCAUGUACUACAAUGGUUAUAUCAUUAUUUCUUGUAUUUUAGGUGCUUUAUUCGGUAAAUUAUUAUUUGGUUAUACUGAAGCCAUUCAUAAAGAUGAUACAGAAGAUCGUAAAUGUUGCAGAUGAGUCAACAGACUUUUCUUCUUUUUUUUUUGCUACCAAAUAUUUUGUAUAUAAAAAACGAUUAGAACGCGAUUGCAAUUAAUUCUCUUUACUUCUUUUGCUUUCUUAUAGCAGAUACUAUAUAUAGUUCAAUAUAAUAUUCCUAAUGUAACUAUGACUGUGA